CACUCUUGAGGAGUGGCUUUCUUGAUUCUUCAUGCAGUCAUGGAUCUGGAGAAACCAUCUGUCUGGGGGUCAUUUAAACAGCGGACCAGACCAUUGUUAAGCAACCUGAGCAAGAAGAAAGUUAAAAAGACUCCAAGCAAACCCUUGGACUUAAGGGUGAGGCAUCACCUGGACCGGCGUCUUAGCGUCUCGGUGCCUGACCUCCUGGAAGCAGAGGCCUUGGACCCUGAGGGCCAUCCCUACUCGGGACCUCAGUCAUCCUACACCUCGGUACCCAACAGCCUGUCCACGGCAGGCAUUGUCCCCAAGAGCAGCAGCAGCUCCCUAAAGCAAUCUGAGGAAGAACUGGACUGGAGUCAGGAGGAAGCAAGCCAUGUACUCGGGGUGGACACCGACUCAGAGGAUAUCUAUGCCUCUUUUGCGGAGGAGCGGCAGGCAUCCAGCCAGAGUGGCCUGGAUCCGCACAAACAUCCCCUUGGAGAGGAUGCUCCGGAAGAGACAGAGAAGCCACAUGGCAAUGAUGAUCUUAAUGCUUCUAUGACAUCUCAUCAUUUUGAAGAAGAAUCUACGCUUGGAGAAGCCGGAGAUUGCCUGAGCCACCUCCCCAGCCCCUUCGCAUACCUCCUCACCAUACACCUGAAGGAAGGCCGCAACCUCGUGGUCCGGGAUCGCUGCGGCACGAGUGACCCGUAUGUAAAAUUUAAGCUGAACGGGAAGACGCUGUACAAAAGCAAAGUCAUAUACAAGAACUUGAACCCCAUUUGGGAUGAGAUAGUUGUGUUGCCAAUACAAAGCCUUGAUCAAAAGCUUCGUGUGAAGGUGUACGAUCGAGACUUAACCACAUCUGACUUCAUGGGUUCUGCCUUUGUCGUUCUUAGGGACCUUGAACUUAACAGGACUACUGAACAUGUUUUAAAACUGGAAGAUCCGAACAGUUUGGAAGACGACAUGGGAGUGAUUGUGUUAAAUCUGAACCUAAUUGUAAAACAGGGCGAUUUCAAGAGGCACCGUUGGUCAAAUCGGAAGCGAUUAAGUGCCAGCAAGUCCACUUUGAUCCGCAACCUUCGGCUCUCAGAGUCCCUGAGAAAAAACCAACUCUGGAAUGGGAUUAUAAGUAUAACGCUGUUGGAAGGGAAGAAUGUCUCAGGAGGGAAUAUGACAGAGAUGUUUGUUCAGUUCAAACUGGGAGACCAGAGAUACAAAAGCAAGACACUGUGUAAGAGUGCAAACCCGCAAUGGCAGGAACAGUUUGACUUUCACUACUUCUCUGACAGGAUGGGCAUUUUGGACAUUGAAGUGUGGGGAAAGGACAGGAAAAAGCACGAGGAGCGACUGGGCACGUGUAAAGUGGAUAUUUCGGGCCUUCCACUGAAGCAAGACAACUGCUUGGAGCUGCCUCUGGACAGCUGCCUGGGGGCCCUCCUCAUGCUGAUCACCCUGACUCCCUGUACCGGAGUCUCCAUCUCCGACCUCUGUGUCUGCCCCUUGGAGGAUCCCAGCGAGCGGAAGCAGAUUUCCCAGCGAUACGCCUUACAGAACUCACUGAGAGACGUGAAAGACGUUGGCCUUCUCCAGGUGAAGGUUCUGAAGGCGGUGGACCUCUUGGCAGCUGAUUUCUCAGGGAAGAGUGAUCCUUUCUGCCUGCUGGAGUUGGGCAACGACCGACUUCAGACACACACCAUUUACAAAACCCUCAAUCCUGAGUGGAACAAAGUUUUCACAUUCCCUAUUAAGGAUAUCCACGAUGUUUUGGAAGUGACGGUAUUUGAUGAGGAUGGAGAUAAAGCCCCGGAUUUUCUCGGAAAAGUGGCCAUCCCCUUGCUAUCUAUUAGAGAUGGACAACCAAACUGUUACGUGUUGAAGAAUAAAGAUUUGGAACAGGCUUUUAAAGGGCUUAUUUACUUAGAGAUGGACCUCAUAUAUAAUCCAGUCAAAGCAAGUAUCAGGACCUUUGCUCCAAGAGAGAAGCGCUUUGUGGAAGACAGCCGCAAGCUGUCCAAAAAGAUCUUAUCAAGAGAUGCAGACAGGGUGAAAAGACUCACGAUGGCAGUAUGGAAUACAAUACAGUUCUUCAAAAGCUGCUUCCAGUGGGAGUCCACGCUAAGAAGUACAAUAGCGUUUGUGGUGUUUUUGGUCACUGUCUGGAAUUUUGAACUCUACAUGAUCCCUCUGGCAUUGUUGCUGAUCUUUCUGUACAACUUCCUCAGACCCAUGAAAGGGAAGGCCAGCAGCACACAGGACAGCCAGGAGAGCACGGACAUAGAGGAGGAAGAGGAGGAGGGGAAGGAAUCUGAGAAAAGGGGAUUAAUUGAGAGAAUCUAUAUGGUACAAGAUAUUGUUUCCACUGUCCAGAACAUCUUGGAGGAAGUCGCUUCCUUCGGAGAAAGGAUUAAGAACAUGUUUAACUGGACGGUGCCCUUCCUUUCCCUGCUGGCCUGUUUGAUUCUGGCCAUAGCCACGGUGGCUUUGUAUUUCAUUCCUCUGCGGUAUAUCGUUCUGCUCUGGGGCAUAAAUAAAUUUACUAAGAAGCUUCGAAAUCCUUAUUCCAUCGACAAUAAUGAGCUGCUGGACUUUCUCUCCAGGGUGCCCUCAGACGUUCAAAAGGUGCAGUAUGCAGAGCUGAAGCUCAGUGGCAGCCACAGCCCACUUCGGAAGAAGCGGAGUACCGUCUAGGGCUCACGCUGACUGAGGAUCCCAGGCUCCCGCGUGUAGCUGAUCAGACCUCCGUACGGGUUGCUCCAGUGAUAUGGAGGUGCCCGGAAAUGGGUGCUCUGUGCAGCUCUCUCAUCAUUCUCUACUCUCUUCACAUCUACGGAUGCACACACACCUGCACAUAUGUCCCCAUGCAUGGGUAUCCUGAUGCCUACACAGUCAGCUCAACAAAAGUCACUAAGUCUAAGACUGUGAGAGUCUCUCAUCCAUUUGUAGGAAGGACAUAAAACAAGGUGUCCACAGAGCUGAACUCUGUCCGUGAGAGCAAACCGGAGACUCGCCUGAUUCUAGGAUGAUGCUGAACUUAUUUCAAUACCGUCAGCAGAUUUUCACUAAGAUACAGUAAUUUCCGUCUGGAGCUGGUGUGGCUCACAAUCACAACAAUGAAGAGGCCAAGGCAGGACAGUCGCAAGCUCUGUGCCAGCCCAAGAGUUGUAACAUUCCAAUCUCUGCUCUGUUACAAAGCUCUGUCAUAAAAUGCGGCAAUCCACAGAGGGGCGGUUCUUUCUGGUCUCACUACCACCCCACCCCCCCGCACUUGUUUCAGAUUAUUCUGCCACUGUUUAUCUAUCCAGAUGAUGUGCAUUAUAACAUGAACAUUUAGUGAUGUCUAGAACUAACCCAAAUAUAUUGGAUUCAGCUGUGAUUCCUCAAGUCAUGGUCAUGAUUUUGAUGACCCUUCAGUAAUGGAUGCCAGCCUGGAUGGCAUUUCAGCUGUUGUUGCCAAGGGGUGUCACCGAAGAUCCCAAUGAAGAAUAAGGAUUUAAUGAUAGUAUUUUGUUGCUGUGAAAAUGCCAUUUCCUCCAAUUUCACUUUUUGCUUAUUACCAAAACCAGAUGUCAAUAUGCAUCCUUGCAGAGAUGAUGCGGGUUGGGGGAGACUAAUUAGUAAAUUCAGGAAGUACUUAGGAAUAGGAACGUAGGAAGGGACUUACUUAGAGACUUGGUGAAAUACAGUCAUUUCAGUUACCCGAUGUUUUAAACAGACAGUUAACAUGCUUUUGGCUGUCUGAAUUUGUCUUUUGUUUUUCUGAGGAUCAAAAUAGGAUAAAGACAAUACAGUUUCGUCUCAAAGCCCCGUUCAUACAAAACAACCACCAAAAAGUCCUCUGUAAAUAGCGUGCGUAUGAGUCCCGAGCUCCUAACAACUCCAUAGCACACCCUGCUAAUUUGAAAACAAUUAAUUUUGUGCAUGUUGAAAAUGUAUACAGAUAUUAUUGUGUUAAAAUUAUAUAUAAGCUUUAAAAUCUGUAUUUCCUUAACGUAUACUUACUAUGUGUAGGUUUGUAUAUAUAUACAGUUAUAUAUUAUAAAGAGAAGUUGAAG